AUGUUCCAGACAAUGAGCCUCUCCAAUCUUACAGUCGAAGAUCGCGCUGUAAUUCAAUGCAAUGCCUCAAAUUCAUAUGGCUAUGCAUACACAAAUGCAUUUAUCAAUGUAAUGCUUGAGCCACCCUUCAUUAUAAAUCCACCACAAGCCUACAUCAGAGUUGCCGAGGGUUUCCGAGUGGUGAUAAACUGUGAAACUCUAUCUGCCCCAGCUGCCUUAGUCUCGUGGUCCAAGGAGGGUCGGCAGAUCAACGGUGGGCGCUACCAGAAACAGGCUUCCGGAAGUCUUCUUAUUGAGGUAAUAAAGACAGGAUUGAUAGAAGAUAUCGAGAACAUAAUUUGUUCUUUGAUGUUACCCUGA